AUGCCAGUACCCAUCAUCGGCCGUCUAAACUUUCGUGAUUACCAGGCAUUAGUAAUCGGCCUCAUUCUUCUAUUCCUCGAAGCUCUACUUCGAGUUAUCACACAUUGCCUCCCAGCAUUUGCGCUAGAGUUUUUCAGAGGACAAAGUCAAAAGGGAUAUACUGUAGAAGAGCACAUUGUUAGAACACAAGAUCAUUGUAUCCUCGGAAUUCAUCGCCUUCCCGAGGGAAAAUAUUCAGCUAACGAUGCUGAUUCAAAAUCCCGCAUAGAAUCUAUAUUUGAUAGAUGUGGAAUCUCUCAUUCUGCCAUUCGAAAUGAACAAGCGUGCUCUUCAAAAGGAAUAAAGCCAGUAGUUUUAUUAUACCACGGACUUAUGAUGUGUAGCGAAAUUUGGAUGUGCAAUUUAGAUGAAGAGAGAAGAUUAGCUUGCUUGUUAACAGAUGCUGGGCAUCCAAACUCAAGAAAAUUCUGGGACUACUCUAUGGAUGAAUUUGCCCUUUAUGAUUUACCGGAUACCAUUGAUUACAUACUUGAGACAACCGGUGCACCCUCUCUUACAUAUAUUGGAUUUUCACAAGGAGCUGCACAAGCUUUUGCGGCUCUUUCAAUCAAUCCAAAACUAAACAAAAAAGUUAACCUUUUUGUUGCUUUGGCUCCAGCUACUAGCCCUAAAGGUUUACAAAAUCCAAUUGUUGACGCUUUCAUCAAGGCUUCACCUAAUAUUGUAUAUCUCUUUUUUGGGCGCAAGGCUUUUCUAACUAUGACAAUGUUUUGGCAAAGAGUUCUUUCACCUCCAAUUUUCACAAAAUUACUUGAUACAUGUAUGAACUUCCUCUUUGGUUGGUCUGGAAAGAAUAUGACUGAAGAACAAAAAGCCGCAUCAUAUUACCAUUUAUAUAAUUUUACAAGUGUUAAAAGCUUAGUGCAUUGGUUUCAAAUAAUUCGCGCCAACAGCUUCCAAAUGUAUGAUGAAUUACCGCCAUAUUCAUCACCUACUGCCAUAGGUCACUAUUGUCAUAGAUUUCCCACAGAGCAGAUUCAAACGCCUAUUAGUGUAUUUUACGGAGGAAGUGACAGUUUGGUGAAGAUUGAAGUUCUUCUUAAACAACUACCUAAGCCAGUGUUUAUUAAGGAGGUGCCACCUUAUGAGCAUUUAGAUUUCAUAUGGGGAUACGAUGUACAUACGCACGUUUUUCCAGAAUUAUUUAACCUCUUGCGCAAGUAUAAUACGUGUGAUGAUGAGACAGAUAUGAAAUUAUCCGAUCAUGAAUAUUAA